AUGUUGGUAAUGUAGGACAGCCCUCUGUCUCUGAGUGUCUCUGAGUGUCUCACAGUGAGACUGAGCAGGGUGUUAUUUCAUGGAUCUGUUUUUUGUGGGGACAUGCCUUCAGAGUGUGCUGCUGCUGUGGAAGCAACAAUUUAUUUUUGGCAUCUGACAUUAAAGCUCACCCUCUGUAAUGGCAGCGACCCCACCGAGACACCGCGACAGCCCCGGCACCGUGUGACUGCAGCUCUUUGUCCGUCCUCUGGCUGAUCAUGAUGGAUCUAUAACAGGGAUUGACCGGCACCGGACACGUUAAACGAGCUUCACGCUGACCUGCUACAACAUUACAGUGCUGCUUAUACACGACCUGCUGUGAGCUGUGAGAGGAGAGAAUCUGUGCAGCUUCUGUGCUGAACAAGCUUCAUCAUGACCAAAGAGGAGGAGGUCCCUGACUGGGUGGGAGCCCAGGAGUUCUACGACAAGUAUGAGUCCAAGGAGAUUCUGGGGAGGGGAGUGAGCAGUGUGGUGCGUCGCUGCAUCAACAAGCGGACGUCUCAGGAGUACGCUGUGAAGAUCAUCGAUAUCACUCCCUCGGACAAGACGACCCCGCAGGAGAUCGAGGAGAUCAGAGAGGCCACGGUGAAGGAGAUCGACAUCUUGAAGAAAGUCUGUGGACAGGAUCACAUCAUACAGCUCAAGGACUGCUAUGAGUCCAACGCUUUCUUCUUCCUGGUUUUUGACCUGAUGAAGAGGGGGGAACUUUUUGACUUCCUCACAGAGAAAGUUACUCUGAGUGAAAAGGAAACCAGGAACAUCAUGCGUCCUCUGAUGGAGGUGGUCAAGUUUCUCCACGACCAGAACAUCGUCCACAGAGACCUGAAGCCUGAGAACAUCCUUUUAGACGAUGAGAUGAACAUUAAACUCACAGACUUUGGCUUCGCUGUUCAAGUUCAGCAGGGACAGAAGCUCAAAGAAGUGUGUGGGACCCCGGGUUACCUCGCUCCUGAGAUCAUCGAGUGCUCCAUGGAUGGAGGACAUGCAGGAUACGCCACUGCUGUGGACAUAUGGAGUUCAGGGGUGAUCAUGUACACGCUGCUCGCAGGCUCCCCGCCCUUUUGGCACCGGAAACAGAUGCUGAUGCUGCGUAUGAUCUUAUCUGGGAAAUACGACUUCUCGUCUCCAGAGUGGGAGGACCGAUCGGACACUGUUAAAGAUUUGAUCUCUCGGAUGCUGGUGGUCGACCCGAAGCAGCGAUUCACGGCUACAGACGUCCUCAACCACUCGUUCUUUUCACAGUAUGUGGUGGACGAAGUACGACAGUUCACUCCAUACAGGCGGUUCAAGGUCAUUUGCAUGACUGUUCUCGCCACGAUGCGAAUCUAUUGCAACUACCGCCGAGCCAAGCCCGUCACCAAGGAUGUGAUCCAGAGCGACCCGUACGCCGUCAAGCCGAUCCGCAAGCUCAUUGACGCGUGUGCCUUCAAGAUCUACGGCCACUGGGUCAAGAAGGGCCAGACCCAGAACAGAGCGGCUCUUUUCGAGAACACUCCCAAAGCCAUCCUGCUGUCGAUGACCGCCGAGGCGGACGAGCCGAUUCAGCACAUCUGGUAACGAGCACCGGUUCCUCAGGACACAUCUGCUGGAGACUCUCCUCCUCAGCUACUCUUCUCUGUUGUAUAAAAGGAAAUGAACUGGUAAAACAUAACAAAGGUUAAUUUAAGUUUGUCAUUAACGUGCAGAGCAUUUGUUGCUCAUGUAUUUUGAACUGCUGCAUGUUUAUUUAUUACAGUGGGAUUCAUUUACCUCAAGAUCUGCCAAGUGUGGAGGCAAAACAUCUGCAACAAUACCACUGUCAUACACUUUACUCAUUUUCUGCCCGAAAUGUUGAUUUAAAAAAGAUUUACUGGUCAAAUGCAAGUUUAGAGAAAAUAUUUAAUGUCAAAAGAAGCCAUUCUCACUUACAUAUCCUGUGAAAACUGAUUUAUUCUCUGAUGCCCGUCUAAAGCAUUUGGGGACAUUGUUUUUAUCAGAAGACAGAUUGUUUCCUACACUACGUAACAAUCUCCAUAUUUCAAAAGGUAGACAAAAGAUUUCAGCCUUAUAUUUUACUGUAUGAAAUAUGGUUCAUAAUUUAUUGUUUCACUUUCUCAGUCAGGUAAGUGAGUAAGAAAUCCAUUUGCCUCAAGUAAGCUUUAACUUGCCCAUAUACAAAUACUUUUAUAUAUUAGGGGUUAUAAAUACCAUUUGGCAAAUGGAAAAAAGGGGAACUAAACUCAGUUUUUGCCCAAUCUGGUAAGUUAAGUUUUACUCACCUGACGUGGCAUUUUACUUGCCAAGGUUCAAGGUUAGAAUAUAGAUUUCAGUUUUAAAAUAAUAAAAUCAAUUAAAUAAUUACUAUUUGUAUAAAUGAUGCCCUGAAGCAUUAUGUUACACUUGUUUUUUGUCAGAACUGUGAAGGCUCAGCUAAGCAGCCAAAGCAAAACUUAUAAAGAAAAACAAGUUAGCAGGCUGGAAUAUGAAACAGUGAACCUGCAUACUUGAAACUGCAUGGACUUAUACAUUUGUGUGGCUGUUUGAACAUUAUGCAGGAUGUAUUACUGGUAACAGCUUCAAGGGAAGUGUUUAAUAUUUUGGCACUUUAAAAUGUAUGCAAUGGAUUUAUUUAUUAAAAUGUGCUUUUAAUUUAA